AAAAAAAAGAAAAAGAAAAAGUAAAAGAAAAGCAGUUUGAAGAAUUGAACAGAACACUUGAUACGUGGAUUCUCAUACGAACGACAAGAAGUUCCCCUGUUGUUUCUUGAUCCUCUUCUUCUGCCAAUAGGUUUUUAUUAGGGUUUUAACGUUGGAGAUUUUGAUGAAUGGGGAUUCAAACCAUGAAUUCUCAUGGGAGUGGGCAACAAUCUCCUUUACAGUCAUUGGACAAGCAAAAAUCAUGGUUUAGCAUCAGACUAGCUUAAUUGAUUCAUAAAGUACAGUGAGACAUACAACAAGACCAGAAGGUGAUAAAUCUCGAGGACAUGAACAAUCAGGAGAGAGAACCAACUCUUGGCGAGACAACUUUGGAGGACUACUUGGUGAAAGCUGGGCUUUUUGUUGCUGAUGCAUCUUUAGGACAUACGAUGUCACUGGAUAAUCCUGCAGCAAUGCAAAAUUAUGUGCCUCCGACAGGCUUGUCACCAUCCCCUUCGCUGUCUGAUACACCGAUUUCUGGUCGGAAGAGGGGUGCUAGGGACAUUGAUAAGACUAUUGAUCGGAGACUAAGGAGAAAGAUUAAGAAUAGAGAGUCAGCUGCACGUUCCCGAGCCAGAAAACAGGCUUACCACAAUGAGCUGGUGAACAAGGUUUCACAUCUGGAAGAGGAAAACAUGAAGCUUAAGAAAGAGAAGGAGCUGGAGAAGCUGUUAUCCGAGCUGUCGUCUGAACCAAGAUAUCAGCUAAGACGAACAACUUCAUUCUGAUUGAGUGGUAUCUCUAGUCCUUAUGCAGAAGUACUGUUAGUCUUAAUAGACAUAGGAUUGUGUAUCCUCUUAUGAGGAACUUAUUAGGGAGUCGGGAGAUAGAUCUUUAGCAUGUUUGCUUCUGUUGGGUGAUGUGUAUUUGCUUCCCACCCAUAGCUUUGUUUUAUCUGUAUAUGUUUUUUAGAUGCACAUGACAAAAACUAAAAGGUGAAAUGGACUCUACCUUACUGUGUCCUUUUUACUUUGUAAACGAAAUUGCAAUAUUUCUUUUUAAAAGAAAUGAAGGCUUUGAUCUAGUGGUAAGAUCACUACGCAUGAUGCGACUUUUCCUCUAA